CGUCACGUGACACAAGCGGCGAGAGAAGCAGCAAACGGCUCCGAGCCUCAUCAUCACCACCAUCAUCAUCAUCACUUCCACCGCCAGCAGCAGCAGCAGCACCGCGGCAGCGCAGAUACCGAUACACCGGAGCGGAUUCACGGAGCCGGGGCCGAGCCAUGGCGGGCUCCCGCUAACAGCAGCUCCGCGGUUUCCCUCUUUGUUCUCCCUCCACGUCCCGUCGUCUCUUACGCGCCUCCGCUGAGGAGGGGCCGCCGAGGAGAAGCAGGAGGAAGAGGAGGAGGAAGAGGAGGAGGCGGCAGGAGCAGCAGCUGCAGCAGCAGCGGUUUGAGGUGUUUUUGAGUGCGGAAUGGCGGACCGAGAGGCGUCGCCGAUACCGCUGGAGAUCCGAGCCCGACUGGCGGAGCUGGAGCUGGAGCUGUCAGAGGGGGACAUCACUCAGAAGGGUUAUGAGAAGAAGAGGUCCAAGCUGAUCAGGGCAUUUGUUCCUCAUGCUGGAGGUAUGGAAGGACCCAUGUCUCACCGGGCGGCACUCGGGCCUCCCUCCGCCGCCCGUUUCCACCGACGGAGAACCUCCGGCACCAGAGACGAGCGCUAUAGAUCAGACGUCCACACUGAGGCCGUGCAGGCCGUGUUAGCCCGACACGUGGAGAGGAAGGUGGCCGUGCCCAUGCCUUCCAAAAGACGCUCGCUGGUGGUGCAGACGUCUAUGGACGCGUACACACCUCCAGGCCUGUCCCCCCUGUGCUCAGACUCGUCGUCGGGCUCGGACGAGGAGGCGGGGCCAGGCGACGACAUGUCUGGCAUGGAGCACUGGAUGAGCCGCCCCACCCAGCUGGGCCCCGCCCACCUGGGCUCCACCUCCUCCUCGUCCUCGUCGACUCAGAGCGGAGGCAGUGGCAACGCUGGGCGACUUGCUGACUCUCUGGCACACACGCACCUGUCGCACCUGGCACACGCUCACCUGUCGCACACGCACCUGGGCCAGUCUCACCACCAGCAGAGCCACCUGUCGCAGUCGCACCAUGGUAUCGGUCACCUGUCCCUGAAGAGGAAGGGUGCGCUGAGCGUCGCCGAGAACGGAGGAUCUCUGCGACGAUCCUGCGAGUUUGGCUCUGACAUGUUGUGGCCGCCACCGCUAGAGUCUGACGAGAAUCACUCGACUCCCCCGGAUGUGACCGGAUACUCGUCGGACUCACCUCACUCCCACACAGAGCGCCACCACAUGGCCAACAUGGGAACCAUCGCCAGGAACACGCAGAAGUACGGCAACGCCGAGCGCAUGGAGACGGGCGACGGCGUCCCCGUCAGCAGUCGUGUGUCGGCAAAGAUCCAGCAGCUGGUGAACACACUGAAGCAGCCUCGCAGACCUCCUCUACGAGAGUUCUUUGUGGACGACUUUGAUGAGCUUCUGGAGGUCCAGCAACCUGACCCCAACCAGCCUCGGCCAGAGGGGGCGGAGAUGAUGCCGGUGCGAGGCGAGGCGCUGGGCGUGGUCACGAACUGGCCACCCUCCCUGGAGGCUGCGCUCCAACGCUGGGGCACCAUCUCCCCGAAAGCCCCGUGCCUCACCAGCCUGGACACGGCGGGGAAGCCGCUCUACGUCCUCACAUACGGGAAGCUGUGGUCUCGCAGCAUCAAGCUCGCCUACAACAUCCUCCACAAACUGGGCAGCAAGCAGGAGCCCAUGGUGCGACCGGGGGAUCGGGUGGCUUUGGUAUUCCCUAACAACGACCCUGUCGCCUUCAUGGUGGCCUUCUACGGCUGCCUGCUGGCCGAGGUGGUUCCUGUCCCGAUAGAGGUUCCCCUGAGCCGUAAGGACGCGGGCAGUCAGCAGAUUGGCUUCCUGUUGGGCAGCUGCGGCGUUACCGUGGCGAUGACCAGCGACGCCUGUCAUAAAGGUUUGCCCAAGAGCGCGACAGGAGAAAUCCCUCAGUUCAAAGGUUGGCCUAAGCUGCUGUGGUUUGUCACAGAGUCGAAGCAUCUUUCCAAACCUCCCAGAGACUGGUUUCCUCACAUUAAAGAUGCAAACAACGACACGGCGUACAUCGAGUAUAAAACCUGUAAGGAUGGCAGUGUGCUGGGCGUCACGGUGACAAGGAUCGCUCUGCUCACACACUGUCAGGCUCUCACUCAGUCCUGCAGCUACACUGAGGCUGAAACCAUUGUGAAUGUUCUGGACUUUAAGAAAGACGUCGGUCUGUGGCACGGAAUCCUGACGAGUGUGAUGAACAUGAUGCAUGUGAUCAGUGUUCCCUACUCACUGAUGAAGGUCAACCCUCUGUCAUGGAUCCAGAAAGUCUGUCAGUAUAAAGCUAAAGUGUCCUGUGUAAAGUCCAGGGAUAUGCACUGGGCUCUGGUCGCCCACAAAGACCAGAAGGACAUCAACCUGAGCACGCUGAGGAUGCUGCUGGUGGCCGAUGGCUCAAACCCCUGGUCGAUCUCCUCCUGCGACGCUUUCCUCAACGUCUUUCAGACCAAAGGUCUCAGAGCAGAGGUCAUCUGUCCCUGUGCCAGCUCACCUGAGGCUCUCACUGUGGCCAUCAGGAGACCGGUGGAGGACAGCAGUCAACCCCCGGGUCGAGGCGUUCUGUCCAUGCAGGGUCUGAGUUACAGUGUCGUCAGAGUCGACACCGAGGAGCGACUGUCGGUUCUGACCGUGCAGGAUGUGGGCACCGUCACACCAGGAGGUCUGGUGUGUGUGGUGAAACCAGAGGGCGUCCCUCAGCUCUGUCAGACGGACGAGAUCGGAGAACUCUGCGUCUGCUCCAUCGCCACUGGCACGUCUUACUACGGCCUCACCGGCAUGACCAAGAACACGUUUGAGGUUUACCCCGUGAGCUCCAGUGGCGGGCUGGUCAGCGAGUACGCCUUCGUCAGGACCGGCCUGCUAGGCUUCGUGGGUCCCGGUGGCCUCGUCUUCAUCACAGGGAAGAUGGAUGGACUCAUCAUGGUGAGCGGGCGGCGGCACAACGCCGAUGACAUUGUCGCCACGGCCCUGGCGGUGGAGCCGAUGAAGUUUGUCUACAGAGGCAGGAUAGCAGUGUUCUCUGUGACGGUACUGAGAGACGAGAGGAUCGUGGUCGUCGCCGAGCAGCGUCCCGACUCCACGGAGGAGGACAGCUUCCAGUGGAUGAGCCGCGUCCUGCAGGCCAUCGACAGCAUCCACGGCGUGGGCGUGUUCUGUCUGGCGCUGGUUCCAGCCAACACGCUGCCCAAGACUCCACUGGGCGGCAUCCACCUGUCAGAGAUCAAGCAGCUGUAUCUGGAGGGAGGUCUUCAUCCCUGCAACGUCCUCAUGUGUCCACACACCUGCGUCACCAACCUGCCCAAACCACGCCAGAAACAACCAGAGAUUGGCCCCGCCUCUGUGAUGGUGGGUAAUCUGGUGUCAGGGAAGAGGAUUGCUCAGGCCAGCGGCAGAGAUUUGGGACAAACGGACGACAACGACCAGUUCCUGUUCCUGUCAGAGGUUUUGCAGUGGAGAGCUCAGACCACACCGGACCACGUCCUCUACACACUGCUCAGCUCACGGGGGGCGGUGUCCAACUCUCUCACCUGUCUGCAGCUGCACAAGAGGGCGGAGCGAGUGGCCGCUCUGCUGAUGGAGAGAGGCGGUCUACAGGAAGGAGACCACGUCGCUCUGGUUUACCCGCCAGGUAUCGACCUGAUCGCGGCGUUCUACGGCUCGCUGUACGCCGGCUGUGUUCCCAUCACGGUGCGACCGCCACACCCUCAGAACAUCUCCACCACGCUGCCGACUGUCAAGAUGAUCGUCGAGGUGAGUCACUCCGCCUGCGUGAUGACCACGGCGGUCAUUUGUAAGCUGCUGCGCUCCAAGGAGGCCACGGCCACUGUGGACAUCAGGAACUGGCCUCCUGUUCUGGACACUGACGACCUGCCAAAGAAGAAACCUCCCUCUCUGUAUAAACCCACUAACCCUGAUGGUUUGGCGUACCUGGACUUCAGUGUGUCCACGACAGGGAUGUUGGCUGGAGUUCAGAUGUCCCAUAAUGCAGUUGGAGCGUUCUGCCGCUCAGUGAAGCUUCAGUGUGAGUUGUAUCCGUCCAGAGAAGUGGCCAUCUGUCUGGAUCCGUACUGUGGCCUUGGCUUUGUCCUCUGGUGUCUCUGCAGCGUUUACUCGGGUCAUCAGUCCAUCCUGAUCCCUCCGGUGGAGCUGGAGUCAAACCCGGCUCUGUGGCUGCUGGCCGUCAGCCAGCUCAGGGUGCGAGACACUUUCUGCUCCUACAGUGUCAUGGAGCUCUGCACCAAAGGACUGGGACUGCAGACCGAGGCGCUCAAGGCUCGGGGUCUGGAUCUGUCCCGGGUCCGGGCCUGCGUGGUGGUGGCGGAGGAGCGACCCCGGAUGUCGCUCACGCUCUCCUUCUCCAAACUGUUCAAAGACCUUGGGCUCCACCCGCGAUCUGUGAGCACGGCGUUCGGCUGCAGAGUGAACCUGGCCAUCUGUCUGCAGGGAACUUCAGGACCGGACCCCACAACGGUGUACGUGGACAUGAGAGCGCUGCGUCACGACAGGGUGCGGUUGGUGGAGCGAGGUUCUCCUCACAGUCUGCCCUUAAUGGAGUCCGGCAAGAUCCUGCCUGGAGUCCGCAUCAUCAUUGCAAACCCGGAGACUAAAGGACCUCUGGGAGACUCUCACCUCGGAGAGAUCUGGGUUCACAGCGCUCACAACGGCAGCGGCUACUACAGCGGCUACGGCGAGGAGGUUCUUCAGUCCGACCACUUCAACUCCAGACUCAGUUUUGGAGACACACAGACGAUCUGGGCCAGGACGGGGUACCUGGGCUUCCUGCGCCGCACCGAGCUCACCGACGCUAACGGUGAGAGACACGACGCUCUGUUCGUGGUCGGAGCUCUGGAGGAGGCCAUGGAGCUGCGCGGGAUGAGAUAUCACCCCAUCGACAUCGAGACGUCCGUCAUACGAGCUCACAAGAGCAUCAUGGAGUGCGCCGUCUUCCCCUGGACCAACCUGCUGGUGGUGGUGGUGGAGCUGGAAGGCUCCGAGCAGGAGGCCCUGGACCUGGUUCCCAUGGUGACCAAGGCGGUGCUGGAGGAGCACUACCUGAUCGUGGGCGUGGUGGUGGUGACGGACAUCGGCGUGAUCCCCAUCAACUCGCGCGGCGAGAAGCAGCGCAUGCACCUGCGCGACGGCUUCCUGCAGGACCAGCUCGACCCCAUCUACGUGGCCUACAACAUGUAGCCUGACCCUGUGUGUGUGUGUGUGUGUGUGUGUGUGUGUGUGUGUGUGUGUGCG